AUGAAUAUUAUCAAAGCAAAACGUGGACACGUGAAAGGUCUUUUGACUCGGGCAGCAUUUUUCGCUGAGAAUUUAGAUGACCGCGUGUCACUUGAGCUUCUGGAAACUCGAUUAGAAUCUCUAAAUGAUGCGUGGAAUAAAUUUGUUGUUUUGACUGACGAACUUUUCGGACACUCGGAUGACAACGACUAUAUAGAUCCCAAUGAUGAUUUUCCCGAAUACGAAAAUAAAUAUUUCACUGCUCAAUCCACGUUUACAAAAGUAAUUCGCGAACGAAAGUCAGCAUCUAUACCUCCCGCUUCACCUGCUACCUCGGAAUCGGUCAUCGAAAAAUUAGCCAACCAACAGGCUUUAUUUCUCAAAAACCUUAAUGAAACAAAAAAAUCCACGUGUUCCAUAGCAUUGCCUAAGCUUUCGAUAUCGGUAUUUUCCGGGGAUUACAAAGAAUGGCCUAGCUUUAGAGAUCAUUUUAUCGGCUCGAUAGACAGUAACUCCGAUAUAUCUCCGACACAAAAAUUUCAUUAUUUAAAAUCGUUUCUACGCGGGGAGCCAGCAAAUCUUAUUCGCGAUAUAAAAGUUUCGGAUGUCAAUUAUGUUGAUGCUUGGGAAAAGUUAGAAAGGCGCUAUGAUCGUCCCAAUUUUAUGAUACAGUCGCAUAUACAAUCGCUUCUUUCAAUUCCAAAUAUCAACGCGUCUAAUAUACAGUCUCUUCGUAAGCUCUCCGAUGCAGCUGAUGAAACCAUUCGUGGUUUAGACUCCUUGGGAGCCACGUGGCGUGAUCCUUGGGUCAUUUAUCUACUUUUGCUGAAAUUAGACCAAGAUACAAAGGAAGCUUGGGCACUUGAGUUAGGGAAAAAGGCUAAUGCCUCAAUUGAGGAAUUUUUAAUAUUUUUGAACUCGCGUUGUGAUGCUUUGGAGUCUGCUCAAUCGUUUUCUCGUCCAACUGUUCAAUCUCGUGGGAAGAAUCCAAAGGUCAUUCAAUCUCAUUUUGUAGAAUCGAGUCCAAUCUGUCCUAAGUGCAAAGCAGAUCACUUUUUAAAUCAAUGUCCACAGUUUCUUUCGCUUGACAUUACCGCACGCCGUACUUUCGUCAAAGAUAAUUCAGUAUGUUUCAACUGCCUUCGUUCAGGGCAUUCUUCGCAAAAAUGUCAUUCCAAAUUUCGGUGCAGAACUUGUCACUCGCGGCAUCACUCGCUCGUUCACAUUCAAUCUCCGUCAAAAGUUUCUGCAGUUCCUGUUUCUUCAUCUUCAUCUACAUCUUCGUCUUCAUCUUCUUCUGGUAUUUCCGCGACCAAUUCAUCGACAUCAAAUGCUCUAGAAACAACAGCUUCACCAAUCUCGAUUUGCUCAUCAUUAGCUCAGGCAAAUAAUUUGUUUUCUUCGAUUCGUUCGCAUCAAACUCUGUUGCCCACUGCUAUCGCUCACGUUCAUGAUAAGCAAGGAACAAUACAAAAUAUUCGGUUGUUGCUAGACUCGGGAUCUCAGGUCUCCUUCGUUACUGAACAAACAGUUCAGAGAUUAGGAUUGGUUCGCAAGAACGCACAAAUACCCAUCGCAGGUGUUGGAGCAACACCAGCAGGUGUUACGAAUGGAAUCGUGACCCUCAAACUUCAUUCUCGCUUCACUCAAGAAUUUAUUGAAAUUCAGUGCUUCGUCGUUUCAAAACUAACAUCCAUGUUACCAACUUCAUUUACUACGGUUUCAAAUGUACAGUCGUUCAGUUCAUUCACCUUAGCUGACCCGAAAUUUAAUAUUCCUGGUCAUAUCGACGCACUCAUCGGUGCUGAUAAAUUAUUCAGCAUAAUAAAUGGCUCUGCAGAGCGCGGUAAGCAAGGAAUGCCUGAGCUUGUGCCAACAAUUUUCGGUUGGGUUGUCUGUGGUAACAUUGAAACCGUCACCCCUUCGACAACAAAAGGUGUCAAUUCAUUCUGCAUUUCAUUGGACACUUCAACUACAUUUGACCUCGAGCGUUUUUGGCGUCUUGAAGAAGUCGACCUCGAACCUACCCUGUCCAUUGAAGAUCAACGUGCAGAAGACAUAUUCGUUAAAAAGCAUACUCGUUUACCUGACGGCAGGUACAUGGUGCAAUUACCAUUCAAAUCCGAUAAAGCUACAGAUUUCGGCAAUAGCCUUCACGUAGCGUUAAAUCGUUUUUAUUCUACUGAACGUCGCAUCGCAUGCAGUCAGUACUUAACGGAUAAAUACACAAGCUUUAUGGAUGAGUAUUUGAAUCUAGGUCAUAUGGAAGAAGUUCCUGCUAGUGAGAUAAAUAUGUCUUCUAGCAAAUGUUUUUACUUACCGCACCAUGCUGUUAUCAAGGAUGAUAGCAGCACAACGAAAGUCAGGGUAGUGUUCGAUGGUUCGGCUAGAUCUUCGCAUAAUCAUCCGUCUCUCAACGAAUCGUUGCUUAUAGGUAAAUCCUAUCAACGUGAUCUCUUUUCAAUCUGCAUUCGUUUCCGUCGUCAUCUGUAUACGAUAUCUGGCGAUGUCGAAAAAAUGUUUCGCCAAAUCAGAAUCUCUAAAGAGCAUGCAGACUUCCAACGAAUUCUUUGGAGAAAAUCUAGUAAUCUUCCGUUAAAACAUUAUCGUAUGUUGACAGUAACUUAUGGCACAGCUUGUGCUCCAUUUUUGGCUGUACGCACUUUGUAUCAACUCGCAAUCGAUUCAGCAGAAACACACCCGCGAGCUUCGGAAGUAUUGCUAAAUGACUUUUACGUUGAUGACGUAAUGACUGGGGCUGAUUCUAUAGAAGAAGUUACGUCUCUCCGCCAAGAACUUGUUAGUCUUCUCAAAUCUGCUGGCUUAAAUCUUCGGAAGUGGACAACAAACUGUUGGCCUCUUCUUCUCAGUUUGCCAGAAGAACAACGCGAGAUGUCACCAAAGGAGUUUGAAGAAUACAGCUCAGUCAAACUUCUCGGCUUGCAGUGGUCUCCUGCAAAUGAUUCGUUUUCCUACAAAGUCAAUUUAAAUGAUAAAGCGUCAUCAACAAAGCGUCAAAUACUUUCAGAAUCUUCAAGAAUUUUCGAUCCUAUCGGUUUUCUCACUCCUGUCGUUAUUGGUAUCAAAAUAUUGUUUCAAGAACUCUGGCGGAAAAAGUAUAAAUGGGAUGACGUCAUAUCUUCAGAGCAUGCCAAAAGAUGGCACUGCAUUCGCGACGAUCUUCCAAACCUCGAAAAAAUAAAAAUUCCACGAAUCAUGUGGACAUCGAAAGAAAACGUCGAAUAUCACGCAUUUUGCGAUGCAUCUCUAGAUGCUUACGCAGCUGUUAUAUAUUGUAGAAGCGUAGAUUCGUCUGGAAAUAUUAAUAGCAACAUAGUCGCAGCAAAAAGCAAAGUAGCUCCCAUCAAAGUUGUCUCUCUUCCGCGUCUUGAACUCUGUGGAGCAGUUCUACUAACUCGGUUAGUAACAAAACUUAAAACUUCUUUACAAGAUAAAGAAAUAAAAGUUGUAGCUUGGACUGACUCCGCAAUCGUCCUCCAUUGGCUAUCGGCAUUACCAAAGAGGUGGUCAGUUUUCAUCGGGAAUCGUACUUCAGAAAUUCUCUCUGCGAUACCUAGAGAAUCAUGGAACCACGUACGAUCUGAACAAAACCCAGCUGACUGUGCCUCUCGCGGUAUUCCACCUUCUGAUUUACUCCAAAAUGAGUUAUGGUGGACCGGACCAUCGUGGAUUACAAAAGAACGGGACCAGUGGCCAAAAUCGGAAUAUUCAGUGGAUAAUAUCAAAUCUGACGACUUUGAAAGACGAAAAAAGCAGCCGACUUAUGCUUUUGUGUCAAAACUAGACCCUACAAAUAUUUUUUGCAAAGUCAUCGAUGAUUCGUCUCGUUUUUUAAAAUCUACUCGUGUGCUCGGUUUCAUAUUUCGGUUUAUAGCAAAUAUUCGUGAACUUGUUUCUAUAAGAAAAAUGCUAACAAGUGGUGAAAUCUGUGAUCCCGUAAAAAUCGCUGAACUAAAGAAAUUUUUGCUGAAUUCUCGUGAUAAAUCUGCCCCUAAAACGCAAUCUCUGGCUUUGUCUUCUCUCGAAAUUUCCAUUGCAAAGACCAAACUAAUAAAAUUUCACCAACAUCUAAGUUUUCCGCUAGAAAUAAACAGUAUAAAAAGUGGUGUGAAUCUCUCAAAAGGUAAUAAGCUAGCAUCUUUAGCACCGUUUGUGGAUGACCAAGGACUUUUGCGCGUCGGGGGUCGUAUCCAAGAAUCAAAUGUAGCUUAUUCCGCAAAACACCCCAUCAUUCUCGACAAAAACACCCGAAUUGCAAAACUUAUCGUCGAUCAUUUCCAUAGUUCAAAUUGCCAUGCAGGUGUUUCUCUUUUAUUCGCCAUUCUAAGACAAGAAUAUUACAUUAUCGGUUGUAGGAAUCUGCUACGUAAAAUAGUCCAUAAAUGUGUUCCGUGCUUCCGCCAACAAAAGGCAACUUCGACCCAGCAAAUGGGCAAUCUGCCGGCAGAUCGUGUCCUCUUUUCGCGACCGUUCAGCAAGGUUGGUGUAGACUACGCAGGUCCUAUAACAUUACGACUAGCUCGAGGACGAAACCCAAAAUUUACAAAGGCUUAUAUCGCUCUAUUCAUUUGUUUUUCAACAAAGGCUAUCCAUAUAGAGUUGGUUAGUGACCUCUCUUCAAACGCCUUUCUCGCAGCCCUUGAUCGUUUUGCGUCGCGUCGUGGUAAACCGUCGGAAAUCUGGAGCGAUAAUGGAACAAACUUCCAUGGAGCUAAUCGGUGUCUCGACGAAAUGUUCCAACUACUCCAAAGUCAGCAGCACAACGACAUGGUUACUGAUCAUCUAUCCAAAGACAAAAUUUCGUGGAAUUUUAUUCCCCCUUCCUCUCCUCACUUUGGUGGAUUGUGGGAGGCGGGGGUCAAAUCCGUCAAAUUCCACUUGAAUCGAGUAGUUAAGGAUCAUCGGCUGACUUAUGAGGAGAUGUAUACUCUCCUGACACAAAUCGAAGCACUGCUGAACUCUCGACCUAUGUGGCCGACAUCGGAUAUGGAUCCGAUAGCUCUCAGUCCAGCUCAUUUUCUGAUUGUCACUCAAACAAGGUUUUUGGAAGCGGUGGCACUCCGAAUAUUUGACAUCGUUGCAACAACGUCCAAAAUGGCAAGGUGUCAAACCCGAUCUCAAACCUGGUGAUGUAGUCAUGCUAAAGGACUCAAAUCUUCCACCAGCCAAAUGGAUACUUGGACGGGUGAAGGAAGUCCAUCCAGGAAAAGAUAAACUGGUACGCGUUGCCACUAUUACCAC